UCACGAUAUAUCUGUGUGCAUGAAUUCAUGCUAUAUAUAUUUGAAUAAUUUUUAAAUAAAUGAAUUUUAUAAGUGACCAUAUUACACAUAACACAUAAUUAUCAUAUGCUGUGUGCAUGUACUGAUGAAGAGAUAUAUAUAUUUUAAUAUAAUACAAACCAUGAAAUGAUAAUAUAUAUAUAUACAUAUACGAUAGCUUGUUUCUUAAGUGUGCCGGUUAGAAAAAAUUAAUUAAACAAGCCGAAAGUUUUGAUAAUAUGUAUUCAAAUUUUACAGUAGUACACUUUCAAAAUGACCUACGAGAAAUUACAAAGAAUUCUAUGUACUUCAUGUUCAUAAAUGCAUAAUCCGAAAUACAUAUUCCUAUUACAUAACUCUACAUAAAUAUUAGCUUAAUUAUAUCACGUUAGUACAGUUCUUCAACCAGUAAAAGAAAAUUCAAAAUUCUCGAUUCACGACGAGGAUGAGCAAGCUUUAUUAUAUCGUAUUAUUGGUCAAUUGAACCAAUGAAAAAAACAAAUUGAUCAUGCAAUUUCAAAUUAUUUACCAUAACUAUACUCGGUUAAUCGCAGAAUUUUACUAGCGUGUGUCUAUUUUCUUAUAAAUGUAUAUAAAUAUGCCCACGUUAAAAGAGAAAUUGAAAGGAAAGACAAUUGCAACAACAACUUAACGUAUGUAUCUAUAUACAAAUAUGAAAUUUAAACGAAAUAUUUUUAAAGAUAACUAAAAAAUCCGAAAACCCUCGCAAACUGCAUGAACGCAUUUAGUUCAAUUUUUCAUAUUCAACAAUAUCCGUAUUUAUAUACGCUAUACCGUGUCAUAAAGUAUUACAUUGCGGUACGUUUUCGACAUAUUUCACUAGAAAAAAGAAUAAAAUAAUACAAUGGCUGCCAAUUAAAUGUAUACCAUUAAUUAAUAAUCAUUAGAUCAAUAAUAAUAAAACAAUAACUUCAUGGCGUGACUGCUAAGUGCGAGGGAUAUUCGGAAAAGCUCACUGAUGGUUGUACAUAUUUGAUAUAAUAAUAUGACAUAAUUAUUAAUUUAGAAAAUAGAUAAAUACUAAUUGUUAGAGAAACUACAAUGGUUUAUUUAAACCAAAUUUGGUCGUAUCUCCGUCCAUUGUAUAUGCGAACAGCUGAUCUGUCUUGGAGAGUCAUUUAAUUUGAAAAUUCACAUCAAAAAAAUAAAAUUACAAUGAACUUCAUCUUUAUUUUGAUUAUUAUUAGUAAUUGUUAUGACUCCAGCUUUUAUUUAUUGCGUGAUUAAUCGAUUCGCCGGGCAAUUUGUGCGUGCUAUGAAAAUUCAUCAUUUCCUCUGUGUGUGACACGCAUACGCAUACAAAAUACGCAUAUGACAUUAUAUAAAUUAACCGAAUUCUCCACGUAUGUCUCUUGAAAAAAAAAAAUAUUGAAUUUGAAUUAUAUUUAAUUUGAUUAGUACAUUACAUGUGUCGAUUAAUAUUGAUAAACGUGUCGUCACGAAGUGCGUUUUGCAAAAUGCGAUUCGAUGCUUUCAUUAGUACACUAGUACAUUUUUUUUACUGAUAUUACGCAAGUCUCCCUCAUGAUCGUACUAAUUACUUUGUCGCACACCUGUUUAAAUUGAUUUUUUGAUGAUGCGUACGCUCGCACGCAAUAUUGUAGAUAUGGCUCUAUAAAUAUACAUACAUUUUUCAACAUUUUUUGAGGACUGAUAGCUGGCCUCGCUUGUGAUAUUUCAAGAAUAAAAAAAAAACCAUUAAUUCAUCGAACUUUGAAUAUUUAUUAACAGUCGUAUACCAAGGUCAAGAAGCUGAUUAGAGAAAUUCAUAUUGUAUAAAUGUCAUUCUUCGAUAACAAUUUUUUGGCAAUUUCAUUUACAUGGACACUUAUAACUGCGUCACUUUUGACUUUAAAAAACUAGUUAAUUGACGACAAAAUAUAGGCGUCAAAAUCAUAUCGGUUUAAUGACAAAUUAACGAUUACUGAACCCAUUAUGAGAAUGAUCGGCUUUCUUAGUUCAACAGCUGCACUAAUGACUUUUGGAAGCACGAAAUCGGACCCUAAAAUUUGUAAGACUCUUUCACAUUUGGAAUAACGAAUAUACAGAUCGUAAUUAGCGCUUAUGAUUGACGGCGAGCCGUUAUAGUUUCAAAUGGUCAUGCAGAGACAGCCUUGCUGCUCGAAAAAAUACGGUUUAGUCCUAUAAUCUAUUCGUAGAACAAUUAUGAUAAAUUGGCACAACGCUAAAUGCGCGAUGAACUUUGUUGAAAAAAGAUUAACAAUAAGAGCUAACAUCUACAAUAAUUAUUAUAUGUCCGCGCUUUGUCGCAGUUACUUAAAAUGUACAAAGAUGUAAUACGCAGAAUAGUUCGUUCGCCUGAACUGCGAUUGCAAAUAUAUGCAUCCCAUAUAAAUGCCUAAUUGAUGAAUUGUAAUGAAUAUAAAAAUGAUGUGUUAGAAUCACCCAUAUUCAAUACAACAUUAAAUAUCCAUAUAGCCUUGUGCUAUUGAGCCUUAAAAAUAUAUGAGCUGGCCUCUACAGGGCCUGUUUAAUGUAAUUACACUCGUUUUUAUUACCUCACACCUCAUUAUGCAUCCCUACAAAAAAAAAAAAUGAAUCAUUAAUUGUAUUCCAGACUUUGUAGAAAUUCAAAAUUCAAAUUCAAUUCUCUUGCCGAUCGUGGCGGCCUCUACAAGGGACGAAAACUUCAUCGCCCAUUCAUAAUGUCACAUUUAUUUGGUCUUCUCACGAGUGAUCAGGGCAGACAUCAGAUCAAGAUGUCAAAUGCCACGUGUUAACAACAGUCUGAGUUCCUUCAGUUUUAUAAAAGAAAUAGGAGAGUAAAUGACUGAGGAGUAUAGAAACUCUGUACGUAAUACGGUACAACCUUGCAAACGAGUCAAGACGGAAAUGACUGCUGGAGAAAAUGCCAUUGACACAUGUGAAGUUACAAAAGCCAAGAAAGGCGCUGAAUGUAAAAUAAGCGCAUUACCUCCGAUAUCUUCUACGCUGAAACUUGACUCUUUAUUGAAAGAUGGAACCAUUGAGGUACAUGACAUAUUCGAACGAAGUCAGUUCUCAAUCGUUGUUGAUUUGUCAAUGAAAAAUAAUGGCCUAUCUUACCUACCGACAAGUUUUCACAGCAAUUUAUCUAUUCUCAGAAAACUAAAUUUAUCUGAGAAUAAUCUCGUGAAACUAUCGGUAGGCAUUGAGGCACUGCUAAACUUAACAGAGUUGAUUGUCGAUGACAAUAAACUGGAGGUGCUGCCGGCCAAUAUUGGGAAAUUAGUGAAUUUGAGACACCUUAGUGCAAAGGGAAAUCAGCUUAAAACGAUUCCGGAGAGUUUAGGAAAAUUAGUUGAUAUAGAGGAAAUUGAUUUGAGUCAAAAUAAACUAAAAACUGUUCCAGAUUCGUAUGUAAGCUUCAGCAAUCUCAUAUCUUUGAAUCUAUCAUAUAAUGAAAUGAAAGUCCCUCCAACAUGUAUUUUUCAAGGAACACCAAGUCUCCGAAUACUCAACUUAUCCUACAAUCAUAUCACAGAUUUUACAAGAGCUCCUUGUAGUAAUAAGCUAAAAUUAUUGUACCUGAAUAAUAAUGCCAAGAAUGAACAAUUCCCUGGCUGGUUGAUCACCGAACGUUUGGUAAAUUUAGAAGAAGUCGUUUUAGAUGGUACUAUAUUUGCUUCAUUCGAUGUUGUGAGUAAAAGACCGCAACUUUCCUACGUAAAAAAAUUCUCCAUGGUCAACUGUGGCCUCUUUGAUACUGCCUUUGAGCGGAUACUGAAUUCCUUUAAUGGAUUAGAAAAUUUGUACAUUGGAAAUCACACCAUGAUCCGCAAGAGAAACGUCUUCUGGAUGAUUCCCUUUCAAAGUUUUAAAAGCCCUAGCAAAUUGAUAGAAAUCGACAUUCAGAAUGUCGGUCUGCCUGUGAUAUCACCGGAAAUAAACUUAUUAAAAAAUUUAAAACUGCUCAAUAUUAGUCGCAACAUUAUUUCGUGUCUACCUGAAGAGAUUUGCCAGCUACAGCAACUAGAACUCUUGAAUUGUUCUUUUAAUAAUCUGUACAUGCUACCGCAAGAAAUUGGAAAUCUCAAGGCGCUUAAGAUACUGUAUCUUGAAUCUAAUCGGCUUACAAGCUUGCCAGAAUCCAUUGAGAACUCAUUUUGUCUAGAAUAUCUAGAUCUGUAUAAUAAUGAGUUUACAGAACUUCCGAUACAAAUAGUAAAGAUUCCUAAGUUGAGAGCUUUGGAUAUAGAUGCGAAUAUUUUUAGUACUGAAAAUUUGCAGAUUCCAAACAUCGAAUAUCUUAAAGCAAGAGAUAUCUUGCGAGCAUCCAACAACAUUUCGCAGUUUCGUGUCAAUCGAGAAAAAGUUUUAAGCGAAGACGAAUAUUCAGAUAGUUCCUAUAGUGCCGAACACCCAAAAAACAGCUGUAGCGAAGACAAUAAAUCCGCAAAUGAUGAUGCAAACCAGAGUUUGAGCGAUGUUCGAAGUGUUGAAAAUUGGGAUAUCUCCGAUGAUUCGGACGACGAAUUUGAUCCAACAGCACCACCAAAGUACUAUGCAAGUACUAGUUCUCUAUAUUUAAGUUACGGAAAAUUUUUCCCAGCAGAUAUACACGUACUUAGCAUAAGAGAACAGUUGGCAGCUAUAGAAAGGUUACAUGGUAAGCCUUUAUCAACGAUUGAGGAAGGACAGUUCGAUGAUGCUUGAGAUCGAAGGUGAAGAAUGAUUGAUGUAUGAAUGUGAUUGAAAAAGUUCAAUGCAAAGUAUUUCCUCUCUGUUUCGUUUCGUUCUUUUCAUUUUUUCCAGAACUAUGAAUGUAAAAUUCACAAAAUGAAGGUUUUUAUUUUAUAGGAUUCAGAAGUAUUUUAUAUUUAACAGUGCCUAUUUAUUUUUUUCUCUCAGCAUCGGAUGCCAUAAAUUUUCCGAAAUCUGAAGUGCGUUUGUACUUCUAUGGUGAAUAAAAAAACACAGAAAAAACUCGCUAAUCGAGAUCAGCACACCAAAUCACUUAAAUUUUCUGCAAAUUAUUGCUCAAAACGUAUUCUUAUCGAGAGAGACGAAAUGAUUUGUUCAUUUGUACUCAACCCUAAUCAUCAAGUAUUGCUCGAACCUGUAUUCUUCAUGUGAUAUCAAAUGUUCUAUUAGAACGCUAACUUAAGAGAAGAAUUAUAAAAAUAUCUCAUUUAUAUUUUGUACAAUAAAAUUCGAUUAAACAUAAAUCAAAAAAUACUGUAGGAUCAGAAUUACGUCCCUGCGAAGUGCAGGCAGUCAUAGAAAAUUCCUGUGAGAAUUGUCCUCAUUUCCUAUGCAGUUAGACCAUGUCUAGAGUUGGUCUUAUAUACUAACUGAUCUGCAAAACCACAGUCUGUGAGAAACUAUCGGCGAUUAACAGAGUCAAUCCCCACCUUAUUAUACUUGUCUCGUGAUCCACGGUAUGUUUGAAAAUUAGCCAUUGAUUUAUAUUUCAAUAUAACUGCAGUCUUCAAUCAAAAAAAAUGCAUUUUUAUCGAAUAUAUGUCAAUUUUUUAAACAGACGUGAAUGCAUAUAACGUUGACUAAGAAACAUAUCUAGUUGCCUAACUUUAGGGGUGGGCAAAGUUGAGAUUUAUAUUAAUACCCGGGAGAAAACGAAAACUUAUCUCGAAAUC